UUUAGGAUUGAUAGAUGCUUCAAAGAGAGGUGAUUUAACAAAGUUGGUUGACUUGUUCUGUAAUCAGGAUGCGGACCUUCUAGCGACUGACCAAUAUGGCAUGACCUCACUGCACCAUGCUGCACGAUUUGGACAUAAGGGCAUUGUGAAAUAUCUCAUAGAUAAUGCGCCCCCGGUCAUUCUGGAUAUGGUGGACUAUGAGAAAGGACAGACAGCAUUACACAAGGCAGCGUGGUACCAGAGACGGACGAUCUGUUACAUGUUAGUGGAGGCCGGGGCCUCCCUCACACGUACUGACUAUCAGGGGAACACGCCGCGACUACAGGCACUGAAGGCCGAUGACAAAGAGCUGGCCGCUUAUCUAGAAAGUCAGGAGCAUUUUCAACUGGUUGUGUCAGAGGAUCAAGAAACAGCUGUUUGACUGGUUCCCCAGAAAACAGCAGUUUGACUGGUCCCCCGAGUUCCAUUAAAGGCCAAUACAUGUGAUAAAAAACCCCUGAACUUGGCCCUACAUUGUGAUAUUUCUGACAACUUUCCACUUUUUCGUGUUUUCUCCCAGUUUUGUGAUGCAGUGAAUGGUGUGAGUCAUGAGUGAGGACUUUAUAAAAGAGUGAGAGAUUUUUUUUUUCUACUUUUUACCCUAAUAUCUUUGUCUAGGAUUAUUUUUGUCUUUGGAUUUGAUUGGUUCUCACAAUUAUCUGUGAUAUAUAGGCUGUUUCAAAUUUAUUCACAGUUUGUGUAUUCAAAAUUGGAUAUUUGAUUUCAAAUUUGCAAAUUAUUGCUUGAAUUUGAAGUUAUAUAUAUCACAAGGAUACUUGUUGAUACAAGUUAUUAGCAAGUAAACACUUUCUCCAGACUUUUUCUUUUUGGAUGUUUAUUCAGUAUGUUUAUAAUAUACCAUUUGUACAUGUAGAUAUGUACAGAUGUAACAAAUUUCUGAUGUAUUCUCGCUGAGAAACUUAUUGUAUAUUUCUUUUGCUACACAUAUCUUUUACAUAGGUACAGAUGAAUUGAUUUCAUGUGUAUUCGAGACCAAAUUUGUUUUGCAGUAAAGCAGUUAGUGUAUUAAAUUACAAUUGAUCAGCAAGCUGGGUUUACUUGCUCCUCAAGCAGUGCUUGAAUAUGUCUUUUUUUGUGAUCAUUUUUAUCAACCAUAUCAUGAUUCUCUGUACAGAUAUAUUUUACUACCUACAUUGGGAAGAAAAUGAUGUCCAUAUAUCUUGUUAUGUUUGUUGUUAUAACACAAAUUGUUAUUGCUUAAUCCGAAAACCACACAGAAAAUCUUCCAUUUUUUUCACUUGAAAUAAAAAAAGAUUUUGCUUAUUCUCGCACAUUUUUGCAUAGCCAUGCAUAAUUUAUAAAGAAUAUUGUAAACAUUUGUAUUUAUUUAUAGUAGUCUCAAAAUUUGUUUUAUUGUAGUGAUUUUGAAAUUGAAAAGGAUUUGUUUAUAAAUUUCUAUAGCUCUAUGUCAUUUUUUUUUUGUGUAUUCUAUACUUCUUAUAGUUACAAGUUUUGUAGUUGAUUUUUUAUUUGUAUUAUUUUCUAUUAUUUAUGCAAAUAGUUUGAGUUGGAGAAGGUCCCAUUCCAAAGCAAACUAUGGCAAUAUCACAGCAUUAUUUAUUAUGUUAAUUAGAUUCUUUAACAUUCCCUAUGCAAAAGUUGAGCUUAUUGGAUUAAUAACCCGUGUUUAACUAUCCUCCAAUACUCUUACUGGUAUUUAUUUGAUAUACAUAUAUAUGGUAAUAUAGACAUUAACUGUUUUUCAAUUUUAAAAGAAAAUUGCAUCAAAAGAAACAUUUUUCAACUCAUUGGUUGCAACAUUAAUUUGCAAAGAAAAAAGGAAGAUGAAGUUUUUUUUCCAGAAAAACUUUCUUUUUCAGACACGCCGAUAUUUAGCAUUUUAAGGAAUGAUUCGUUAUGGUCUUUUGUAUUUUAAGAAACGGUUCAUUAUGAUCUUUAACUUCAUCUGUAAUGCUGAUUUUAAUUAUGUACAAAAAGUAGAAUUUUAAAAAAGGGGAGAAAAUCUUAUAAGAAUAACAGUUAGACUAGUUUUUCUGUACACAUUUCAUUUACUCCCUGCUUAGAAAAGGAAGAAAUCAGAGAUUUGAAAAUGUUAACUUGUUGAGAUAAACUCCGCAGAGAAUAUUGGAAGAUUUCAUUCUUUAGUUUUGUAAUUUAUUUCUUUUUGAGAAGUUGUAGAAAUACACUUUUUUUACUUUACAUUAAGUCUGCA